CAGCGUCUUAUCAUCACUCUAACUUCACUAUCGACCAAAGUAGACUGAUAAAAACUUCCCGCAGAGUAAUGGCGACUUGGGCGAGGUUAGGCGUUAGUUUGCGGAGUACAGUCAGACGUUUCUGGCCUUUCAGAAACAUAGGGUAUGGUCGUGCUGUUGGAGGGGGUCUUCUGGGCACUGUUGUAGCAAGCGGAUUUAUUCACUAUAAAAAUGAACCGCGAUGGAGACUCUUGCCACACAUCGUGUACGCGGAGGACGCGAAGAAAGAGGAGAUCACAGUACCACCAGUGUCCAUGAGACGCCUGCGGUUUAACCAGUUUGCCUCCAUGAUCUAUGAAGAGGAGCCAUACAUGACACCCAGAGACUUCCUCCAUUCAGUCCUGAUGGAGAAGGUGGAUCCAAUCUUACAGCGAGAGACCAGUCAACACAAAGACCCUAAAAUGCUGACAUGCAAACUACAGAAAAAGAUGCUGACUAAAGCAGAUGUGGACGAUAUGAUAAGGGUGGCUUCCAGGGCUGAGGCAGGAAAUAACAUGUUCAGAGGAAUCGGAGACAAAGGGCUGAUCUCUUACACAGAGUACCUGUUUCUCCUCACUAUUCUUACAAAACCUCAAACAGGAUUUCAUAUUGCUUUCAAAAUGCUUGAUAUUGAUGGCAAUGAGCAUGUGGACAAGAAGGAAUUUCAGAAGCUGAAGAAAAUAAUUCGACCGAGAAAAGAGCUUCUAAGGCAGGAUGGGACAGAGCUUUCAGACCGUGUUGAUGAGGUCAACACUACACUACAGGUGUUCUUUUUUGGGGAAAAUGGCAAGAAUAAACUACAAUACAAAGAUUUCUGCAGGUUUAUGGAAGACCUGCAGGCAGAAGUGCAAGAAGUUGAGUUCCUGCGGUUUUCUAACGGGAUGAAGACCAUGAGGCGGGAGGACUUUGCUGAAUGGCUGCUUCAUUACACCAAUGAAGAGAACAAUGAGGCAUACUGGGAAAACAUGAGAAAGAGGAUCCCCACUGGACAGAGCAUCACCUUCGAUGAAUUUAAAGAAUUCUGUCUCUUUACCAACCAUCUGGAGGACUUUGCCUUCUCAGUCAAAAUGAUUAAUGAUGCCAACAGGCCAAUAGGAAUGGCUAAGUUUAAGCGAGCAGUGAAGAUAGCGACAGGUCAUGACCUUUCAGAGAAUGUUCUGGACACAGUUUUUAAGAUCUUUGACCUGGACGGGGACAACUGUCUGAGCCAUAAGGAGUUCCUCGCUGUGAUGAAAGACAGAGUGCUUCGUGGACUCCGGGUUCAGCCCCAGUAUGGUAUUUCUGGUUAUUGGAAAUGUGUGAAAAGAGAGACACUGCAAGGAGCUCAAGAGGCUCUCCGUGAGACCAGCAGCCCUGUCUGACACAGGAAGGGGUCUGCCUUUGAGUGUGUGGUUGGUCAGAUGUGGUGAUACUUGCAAUUCCAUAUAUGUUUGGGGAGGAGAAUGGUACAUAAUUAAUUACAAGCACCAGGGAUUGUUAGUUGUACUGUCAGUAAACUUUUCCUUUAAAAUGUUUACAUGGUCCAAAGAAAAUAUUGCUUUUGAAGCAAUUUGGCUGUUGGCCCAAAACAUAAAAAAGAAACUAUUAAUACAAAAAUUUAUUUCAUGGUUAUGAGCUUUAUUGAAAAUCUGUGAUAUGUUUUUCGGCCUUGAAUUUGUGAAAUGGCCUGUGCACACUUUUUGUGUGUGUGUGUUAUAGAAAACAUGUUUUUAAUCAUAUAUAGCCAUAACUUUACUUUGGAUGUGGUGUUGUUUACGUAUAAUCUGUAUGUGAAACUUUGCUGUUAUGAAAGUUUGUAACACAUUACCCUAUGGAUAAUCUGCAUGUAAUGCAGAUUUUAUGAAUUAUGCAAUUAUCACCCCAAAUUGCUUUUGGGACUGUUUUUUGACUGAAGAAAUUAGCAGUUCCAUUUUUAGUAAGCUCUUUUUUUUUUUUUAUGAGUUUUGUCCUUUUUGAGUUUCACUUGUGAAACUCAAAUUGUGACGGUGAAAUACAGGUUUCUUUAUUUAAA